CGAGAAACGGAGAAAGAAAGAAAGGGAUCUAGGUUGCAGUUUGGUCCAGGUCUGAGCAGAGACGCAGGCGCGCGCUUCAGCCACGGAUUCGUGUAGUUUCCGCUUUCAUGGAGGCUUUGGCUGGGAUUUAAAAAAAGAAAAGAAAAAAAAGAACAUCUUUAGAAAGCGGAAAGGAUCUUUUACUUCUGCUGUAUUUUCAUUGGAUUUAAUUGGAUUGAAGUGGGCUGCCUCACGCUCUGCGCGCCGGUGUAGAAAGUAGAUCCAACAAUUCGGGGAACUGUCAUGGACUUGAUCUUAAGGCUGCUCGUUGGGAUUAUGUUACUGGACGUGUUGUGUUGUGUUGUUGCGUGUUUUUAACAAACACACUGAAGGGUCCACUCCGCCUGGACAAGAAGCCAGCGUCUGCAGCCGCUCCGUAGCCCCAGCUGAACGCAUGCCUGUCAGUUGGAAUGCUGCAGUACGUUUGCGUCGCGGGUCGGUUGUUGUAGAUGCAACAAACUCGCCUUUAUUCUAAUGCACCGUCAGUGCUCAUCGGUUGGCUGUGCAUGCACUGCACGGCGGUUCGGUGUCAUUGAUGAUUUGCAACGACAGUAAAAGUGUGUGUAGUCUAUCCGUACACGAAUAACCCCCCUUCUAGUAGUUCGAGGUGUCGUAUGUUCAGGACGAAACGCUCAGGUCUUGUGCGGCGACUGUGGAGAAGCCGUUUGAUCCCAGAUAAAGAGGGGGGAGAUGGAAAUGGCACAACUAGUGAGGGCUGUCGGGACGAUCUGUUCGGCAACAACCCGGAGAAAAUUCCCAAAACGGAGUUCAGACCGAUGACCCCGAGUGGGUCCUUUGGAAGAGACUUGGGGUGCGUGUGCCCCGUGGAGAGCAGCGGCUCGGGCGUCACGUCGGACCAAGAUGAGGGCGCAGUGUGCGUCCAGGAACAGGGGAGCCCCCGCUCUGUUCAGGACAGCGAGUGCAGGACGGUGACGUGCUGCUUAUUUAAAGACCGGGACCACUUCGAGGUUAGGGGUCCGGAAACGGCUCAGGGUAACAGGGAUCCAGGGUCGUGCCACUUCAUGCUGAGGAACCUUGGAGGAGGAGACGGCGGCUCUCCUGACGCGCACGAGGCGAUGCCCCGCGUGCUGUUGGAGCAAGAACUGAAGUCCGCCACAUAUUCUCUUUUGAAAAGGCUAAAGGAGAAGGCGCUGGAUACUUUACUGGAGGCAGUGGAGUCCAGAGGAGGGAUGCCGAGCGAAUGUGUCAUGGUUUCCGGGACGGAGCUGAAGUUUGGUGGACAUGCGGCGUCUCCACCGCUGCUGGUGUGUAAAGUGUACCGCUGGGCUGACCUCCAGCACUCGGCUCAGCUCAAGCCACUCUGUGAGUGCAAGAGCUUUGGGGCCCUGGACUGCCCCACUGUUUGCUGCAAUCCCUAUCACUACAGCCGGCUCUGUGGGCCAGAGUCACCCCCACCCCCAUAUUCAAGGCUUUCCUCUAAUGAAGAACACAAGCCACUGGAUCUGUCGGACUCCACGUUAUCGUAUACUGAAACCGAGGCAGCCAGCUCACCAAACAACACACAAGGGGACUUUUCAGAUGUCAGUCUGUCGCCUGAUGCCCCAAAGCAGAGCCACUGGUGUAACGUGGCUUACUGGGAGCACCGCACCCGCGUUGGCCGCCUCUACACAGUGUACGAGCACGCCGUCAGCAUCUUUUACGAUCUACCUCAGGGUACAGGCUUUUGCCUGGGCCAGCUCAACUUGGAUCAUCGAAGCAGCACAGUACAGCGUACAAGAGGCAAAAUUGGCUAUGGGAUUCUCCUCAGCAAGGAGCCUGAUGGUGUUUGGGCCUAUAACCGCAGUGACCACCCCAUAUUUGUCAACUCCCCCACUCUGGAUGUGCCGAACAGCAGAACUCUGGUUGUGCGAAAGGUGAUGCCGGGCUACUCCAUCAAGGUGUUUGACUAUGAACGUUCUUGCCUCCUGAGGCACACCACAGAGGCUGACUUCCUGGAUGGACCUUAUGACCCCAACAGUGUGCGAAUCAGCUUUGCUAAAGGCUGGGGCCCCUGUUACUCAAGACAGUUCAUCACCUCCUGCCCCUGUUGGCUGGAGAUUCUCCUCAACAACCACAGAUAACACAGAUGAAACCUACAGACUAUCCCAAAUAUCAUCUACCCAGAUUUAAUAUAAAGUUUUAUAUAUUAUAUGAAAUAUAUAUUAUACCUGUAAAUAUGGAGUCAUUUUUACAAUGUUACUAUUUAUGUAUGGUGCAAUGUGUUUAUUGACAAGAGGAAAAAAUGGAAAAUGCACUUUUGCAAUAUAUAUAUAUAUAUAUAUAUAUAUAUAUAUAUAUAUAUAUAUAUAUAUAUAUAUAUAUAUAUAUAUAUAUAUAUAUAUAUAUAUAUAUAUAUUUCAUACCAACUUGAGAAAAGAUACAAUUGAAUUAGGAUGGGCUGGAUCUGGUGUGUAGUUUUCAUAUACUAUUGAUAUCCAGAUAAGAAGCUAACACCAUUCACACAUUGGUAAUAAAGUAUUCGUAUAUUGAUUCA